AUGAAAUCUUACAAAGUCCUUCCCCUGGCCUUCCUCUCCUUGGUGCUUUUUCAUCAGGUCUGGACUCAGUUUCCACGAGAGUGUGCCAAUGUUGAGGCUCUGAGAAGUAGAGUGUGUUGCCCAGACCUGUCCCCUUCCUCUGGACCUGGGACUGACCCCUGUGGCUCAUCAUCGGGAAGGGGAAGGUGUGAGGCUGUGACUGCAGACUCCCGACCCCACAGUCCCCAUUAUCCCUACGAUGGCAGAGAUGACCGAGAGGGCUGGCCUCUGAGGUUCUUCAACAGGACAUGUCAGUGCAAUGGUAAUUUCUCAGGACACAACUGUGGGACCUGCCGUCCUGGGUGGAGAGGAGCUGCGUGCAACCAGAAAGUUCUCACAGUCAGGAGAAAUCUUCUUGACUUAAGUACAGAAGAAAAGAGUCACUUUGUCAGAGCCUUGGAUAUGGCAAAGCGCACAACUCACCCUCAAUUUGUUAUUGCCACAAGGAGGUCAGAAGCCAUACUGGGACCAGAUGGCAACACACCACAAUUCGAGAACAUUUCCAUUUACAACUACUUUGUUUGGACACACUAUUAUUCAGUCAAAAAAACCUUCCUUGGGAUAGGACAGGAAAGCUUUGGUGAUGUGGAUUUCUCUCAUGAAGGACCGGCUUUUCUCACGUGGCACAGGUACCAUCUGCUGCAGCUGGAGAGAGACAUGCAGGAUAUGCUGCAAGAGCCUUCUUUCUCCCUUCCUUACUGGAAUUUUGCAACCGGGAAAAACGUCUGUGAUAUUUGCACCGAUGACUUGAUGGGAUCCAGAAGCAACUUCGAUUCUACGCUUAUAAGCCCCAACUCGGUCUUUUCUCAAUGGAGAGUGGUCUGCGAGUCCUUAGAAGAUUACGACACACUGGGAACAGUUUGUAACAGCACUGAGGGUGGGCCCAUCAGGAGAAAUCCAGCUGGAAAUGUGGGGAGACCAGCAGUGCAGCGGCUUCCUGCGCCACAGGAUGUCAUUCAGUGCUUGGAGGUCGGUGUGUUUGACACACCGCCUUUUUAUUCCAAUUCUACAAACAGUUUUCGAAACACAGUGGAAGGUUACAGUGAUCCCACGGGGAAAUACGACCCUGCUGUUCGAAGCCUUCACAACCUGGCCCACCUUUUCCUGAACGGAACAGGAGGACAAACGCAUCUGUCUCCCAAUGAUCCAAUUUUCGUCCUCCUGCAUACUUUCACUGAUGCAGUCUUUGACGAAUGGCUAAGGAGGUAUAACCCUGAUAUUUCUACUUUUCCAUUGGAAAAUGCUCCUAUUGGACACAACAGGCAAUAUAACAUGGUACCAUUCUGGCCUCCAGUUUCCAACACAGAGAUGUUUGUUACUGCACCAGACAACCUGGGAUAUGCUUAUGAAGUUCAAUGGCCAGAUCAGGAGUUCACUGUAUCUGAAAUCAUUACCAUUGCUGUAGUGGCUGUGCUGUUACUUGUGGCUGUCAUUUUUGUGGGAGCUUCUUGUCUGAUCCGUUCUAGAAGCACCAAGAAUGAAGCCAGUCAGCCUCUUCUCACUGAUCACUACCAACGCUAUGCUGAGGAAUAUGAGGAGCUCCCGAAUCCUAAUCAGUCCAUGGUAUGA